GGUCUUCCUGACACGGAUGAAGGGGAAGACGGUGAUGUUCGUGGGCGACUUGCUGGGGCGCAACCAGUGGGAGUCGCUCGUCUGCCUGCUGCACGCCGCUGCGCCGCAGUCGCCGGCGCAGCUCGUCUCCGCGGACCCUUUGUACACCUACAAGUUCCUGGAGUACCAGGUGACGGUAUCCUUCUACCGCGCGCCGUACCUGGUGGACAUCGACGUGGUCCAGGGGAAGCGGGUGCUGAUGCUGGACGACAUCUCCGAGAACGCCGAGUCGUGACGCGACGCCGACAUGCUCUCCUUCAAC